AUGUCCAACGAUCAGGAUCCCAACGACUACUCGGUUUAUAACCUAGAAAGGGACUUCCUGCAGCCUUCCAGAACACCUCCCCUGGAAGCGACAAGACCGAUCCUAAUACCGCAACCGAGUCCUCGGCCGCUCGUCCCUUACUAUCCAUCGUCCGAAUCUUCUGACGAAGAGUCAACACAUGCGCACGGUGCUCGCUCUUCGAGGGCUAGGAGAAUUCGAAAGGGUCGGACUACUCCAACCCUGGGUGAUGGUGUACUGAUAACUUCUCUAGAUCCUAAUCUAGUCGAGGUAGCGAACAGAGCCGAGAGACAUGCCCUGGCCUCCGCAAGCCAGUCUGAGGCAGAAGAGGAGGAGAUUGAUGACGGAGGUGGACAAGAAUCAAAAGGAGAAGACGACACAAUAGCCUCACCCCGGCAGGUUACUAGGAGGUCGUUUGUUUACCCCAAGAGCAUUACACCAGAAAUCAGGACCAACACGCAGGACGAUUUUCCUAUGAUCGAUGGGUCCCCGGAGAGCUUGACAAAUGAAGAACCACUUCACUCACCAAUCGCUACAUCUCAGCAUGUACCUGACAGCAGCCGGUUUGCUUUGGAUCGGGGGACUGGACAUCUCUCACAUCAUGACAUGCCAAAGAGAACAUGGGAUGUCCGUCCCCCUCCCAGAUCUCCACCUCGUCUACGUCUGCUGCUCGAGGCUGGGCGGCAAGAUGAGGAAUCGCUCGUCACGUCGCCGACCUUGGGAAGAUACACAAUAACACCUCAGGAUGUCGAUCCGGACGUGAUUCUCCCUGCCAUGCAAAAGUCUCCACCAAUGUCAUCGCCCGCAGCCUCACCGCGACCGAAAUUGACACUUCCGUCGCUUAGGACAACCAUAGGCAAUAUCCCUGAACAUGGUUCAGCUGUUUUUCCAAGCAUAUCUCCCGGCCUCAGUCGACCUUCUCCCAGUUCACUACAUCAAUAUCGAACGUCGCCAUCGUUCCAGUCCCCUAAGUCUGUUAUGUCCCCCCCAGAUCCGCCUACGCAUAACAGCUUUCGAACUGCAACCAGAGAUAGCUCCAUUUCCACAGCUUCGGAAAUUACGUUGGCAACUGUCGCAACUACUUCAACCCCAGUCACGUCAGAAUGGGCAGAGUCCCCAGCUACCUCGACUCCUUCACUAGCGAUAGUCCACGAUCUAAGGCAACGGAGGGCACCGGUACGCCAGGAUACAAGCCGGGAGGCCAAACCCAGGACAAAGAAGACACGGAAGCCAGAUCCAGAGCCCGAGGAGUCCAACAAUGAAUCUGAGGUCGCCAUUGAGCUACCAUCGAGCGACGCUGCAAACUCUAGUCGAGUUUCUCCUGCUGGCACAUAUCAAUGCACAUUCCAAGGCUGCAAUGCUGCUCCAUUUCAGACACAGUAUCUGCUCAACAGUCAUAUGAACGUCCAUUCCGACACAAGGACUCAUUUCUGUCCCGUGAAGGGUUGUCGGCGAGGGCCUGGCGGUGAAGGUUUCAAGAGGAAAAAUGAAAUGAUUAGGCACGGUCUAGUGCACAUGUCUCCAGGUUAUGCCUGCCCGUUCUGUCCUGACCAGCAGCACCGGUAUCCUCGGCCUGAUAACUUGCAGCGCCACGUUCGAGCGCAUCACAAGGACCGAGAUCUCGAUGAUCCUGCACUCCGUGAAGUUCUCAAUUUACGACCCGACGGAGCGUCCCGAGGGAGAAAACGACGAAUGCGUUCAUGA